AUGUCUCUACGUCAAGGCCAUGGGCUCCCCGACUCCGGGGAAGAGAUACAAGGAUACUAUCAGACUCUUGGUCCCGAAUGGCCUGGAGUUGAUACACCUGCGUUUCAGACCCCAUAUAUGGAUGUAAAUCAACCAUAUUGCUCCGAGCCUAUAGUACAUCCGAAUAUCCUCACACCAAUUAGUCUCCCAGACAGUUCAUUCCACCCAAGUCCGGUAGCCGGCCACCGAGCGCCAGAAUACCACCCUCAGGAAUACCGCUACGUCAACGACCCAAUUGUUCAAACACAAGGUCUUGGGAUUUGCGCGCCUUUUCCAAGCGAAUAUCCUCGAUCGUCCGCGCCAAGUUCCGCCAGCUAUGCAUAUGCUCCGGACCACCUGCACUAUGGCCUGGGCCAAACUCCCGCCCCGUCGCCGCGAGCUCCACCUCCAAAACGUAUGAAGCGAACACCCUCCAAAACUCCAUCAAGAGAUACUCCAAUCAAUAUACUUCCACACCCAGAGGGGAUGGAGCGGAUGGAGCGUGAUCGCGAGCGUAGGAGUAAUCAACCGUCUCCGCCGAUCAUGCCACCCAAACCUCGUGCACCAGGUCGCGGUCGUCGUGAUCCACAAGCAGAGGAAGAGGAUCUUUUUGUAGAGAGCCUGCGUGAACAGGGCUACUCGUGGAAAGUCACUCGUGACCUGUUUUGCGAGCACUUCGAGAAGGACGUCACCGAGGCCCGACUUCAGAUGCGGCUGGGACGUCGGAAAAAGGAACGGUCAUCGCGCUGGGAAGAUGCCGAUAUACAACUUUUGACUAGCGCUCAUGAAUCAUGGCGGCAAGAGAAGUAUAGAUUUAUUGCAAAUAAGAUGAAAGAACUGGGCUCUACAAAGAUCUACACACCCGAGCAAUGUAAAUUACAACUAGCUCUUCUAGAGACAAAACAAGACACAGCAGAGGAGGAACAAGGGUCGCCUUCCAUGACAUCUGAGCCCCCGAACUCACCUCCUGCGCCAUCUACGUCUCGAAAGCGUCGGCGCAAUUCACUGGAGUAA